AGCCAGCAGCAGGGUGAUUGACGGCUGAGCGGAUUAAAGCUCAGCAGCGGGUCAGGAACAGACCCAAACGACACAAACUGGGUUUAGAACACGAAACUACAGGAUCCAUCAGAGGUUUUGGACUUUCACAGAGUCUCAGAGAACUUUAUCUUGUUUUUGGAAGAAGAAGAAGAAGUUAGAAGGGAUCAGUCCUUCAUCUGGGACACGUCGGAGCAGGCUCGCUCGCCCAUGUCUCAGCACAGAGGCCAACAGCUGCCCCCUGCCAAGCCCAGGAGGAGAGCCUGAUCCUGGGCUACAGGAGCCAGCCGAUGCCCCCCCUCCACCGCCCGCUCGCUCUGAGCUGGAACAUGCUGUAGUCACCUGACUGCCAGUCGAGAUGAUGGCCUCUGUGAUCAUGGGGGGCCUCCACAGGAGGGCCCUCACACUGAGAGGGGUGGAUCCUGAGACCUGCAUGAUCGUGUUCAAGAACCACUGGGCUCAGGUGGUGAAGAUCCUGGAGAAACACGAGCCGGGCCGCAGCAGCAGUGCGUUGAGUUUCCUCUCCAGUCACUCUAAGAACGAUAACAGCGGCUCUGGGUCGUUACGCCUCGGCCCCAUCCCGGCCGAUGAAGCCAGCGCCGUCCAGAACUACGUGGAACACAUGCUGUUCCUGUUAAUGGAGGAAGAGGCCGGGCAAGGAGGAGCCAUGGGUCCCAUCCUGGAGUUCGUGGUCCUGGAGGGCGUGAUGGAGAGGCUGUUUCUGUGGAGCCUGAGGAGACAGUUCACGGAGGACAUGAAGCUGGAGCAGCUCAGGAUGUACCAGAUGCUUCUGUCUCAGGCCCGGCAGCCGCUCCUGCACCAUAAACCGGUUCUACGGCCGCUCAUGAUGCUGCUGGCGUCCUGCGCCGGAGCCGCAACAGACAGCGGGGGCGCCGUGGAGGCGGAGCUAGUCCUCCUGUUGAACCAGCUGUGUGUGGCUCUGGUCAAAGAUCCCUCAGUGCUGGAACUGUUCUUCCACACCAGUGAGGACCAGGGAGCCGCCAACUUCCUGCUCUUCUCCUUACUCAUACCAUACACACACAGACAGGGUUCUGUCGGUCAGCAGGCCAGAGACGCUCUGCUGCUCAUCAUGUCUCUUUCAGCCUCUGAUCCUCGAGUCGCCCAGCACAUCGCCGAGAACACGUACUUCUGUCCCGUGCUGGCCACAGGUCUGUCCGGUCUGUACUCGUCUCUUCCGGCCCGGCUGCAGGUCUACAGUGAAGACUGGCACUGCCUGGACCAGGCGGACUGGCAGCAGGUUCCGGCUCUCGUCCACUUCCUGCACUCCCUAGAGUUCUGCAGUGCUGUCACCAAGGUCGCUCAUCCGUCCAUCCGGUCUCAGCUGCUGAACUACAUCUAUAACGGCUUCUUGGUGCCCGUUCUGGCUCCUGCUCUGCACAAGCUGACGAUAGAGGAGGUGAUGACCACCACAGCGUACCUGGAUCUCUUCCUGCGCUCCAUCUCUGAGCCCGCCCUCCUGCAGACAUUCCUGUCCUUCAUCCUGCUGCACACACACGACAACGUGCACAUACUGGACACGCUGGUCAGCAGGGUCAACACACCUUUCCAGUUGGGGACGGUGUCGCUGGCUCUGUUCAGGACUCUGAUUGGUCUCUUCUGCGAGGACGUGAUGCUGCAGCUGGUGUUCAGGUAUUUGAUUCCCUGCAGUCACCUCAGCAGGAGGCAGCAGUGGUCCCUGAAGCAGAGGGAUUGCUACUCCUCCAGCGCGGCCUCCUUCCUGCUCCUCAUGCCCUCCUGGUGCCCCGGUGGCCUCAACAACGCAAACAUGCACUCACAGUCAGAGCACAUCCACUGGCCCAAAGGAGCAGAUCUGUCAGUUUCAGAUAGCGUGGGUUACUGUCGCGGCUCGGACUUCCUGAUGGAUGUGAACUAUCUUCAUUACCUCUGGGAUGCCCGUGAAGCCAUCUCAACUUCCAACAGGGCGUGUCAGUUCUGGUCAGCGCCGUACGAUGGAAUAAACCCUCUACCUCAGGAAUACCGAUCAGACACGCCAGCUAACGACAAAGAGAGCGAGGCAGAGAUCGUGUGCCGAGCAAAGAGCGACUCCAUCUCCUCUUUGGAAAUCCCUCCUCAGGCCUUGGUCCUCUCUCCAACCCUGUCCUCCUCGGAUACCGUCUCCACAAGCAACCAGGCAGGAAGAGCCAACUCUGUCUUAGAGCUGGAGUGGGACGACAUCUUUGCAGAGGAGGAUGCUUGUCUACCGGCAGUGAUGAUGAACACGCCCCUCACAAACGGCAGCAUGACCAUGGAGGUCGACAGGUCCAUCUCCACGCCCUCACCUCCCGGGCACAUCCAGGAGCUGCGACGGACCGCAACAAGGCUGGUGCACGGCUCGUACGUGGAGGAGUCUGAGUUCCAGGAUGACGUUCUCGUUUAUGAUCUCGUCGCCAAGAAUGACACAAAGGCGGCCAUCUUGGAGCGGAUCAUGGCAGCGAAUCGACGGGCACGUGGGAACAUCUCAAACGGCCCGCAAGUGUCGCCCGCGGGGACGACGACAAAAAUAACGACCAUGCUAACAACAACAGGGAGGACGGUACUGGAAACGGUUAACAGUAUAAUGUCGACAAGGAGGCGGAGCGAGGAUGGAGGGAAAGAGGAAAGAAGGAGUGAGGAUAGUGGACAUGAGGUGAGGAGGAGAAGCGAGGACAAUGGCAAGGAGACAGGGAGGAGGAAGGAGGAAAGAGAAGAUGAGAUGAAGAGGAUAGAUGAACAAGAAGAGCCAAACGGGCAGCAGUGUUACACAAAUGGUUUUGAUGUUCAGCAUCCAAUCGUCAGCGAAGGUGAUGAUACCGAUGAAGAUAGUAAGACGACCAAUCAUAUACAACCAACGCACCACCAGCACACACGCCACAACAAACAACAUCCAACGCCAUAUUCAUUAACAGCUGCUCUACCCAAUGGCCAUUCAGAGUUCGAGCAACAUGACCCUUUAGUUCCUGACGCCAAACCUUUAAGUCUUCCUGUCAACAACAUCAACAAUAACAAUGACUUCCUGACCCAGUACUACGAGCUCAUGCUCUCUUUAGGGGUGGAGCCAGACUGCAACAACAUCGCAGACGAUAUAGGCGUGUUCCGGAGGCGAGUCAGAGGGUUGAGGCAAAAACUGGAGGAGGAGGACGGCCUUGGUGAGGACUUUGCUCUCAGCACAUUAUGGGACAGGAGAGGGAAAGAGGUGGAAGAGGCGGAGAUGGAAGAGGAAGAAGAGCAAGAGGACGGAGAGGAGAGUAGAAGCAGCAGUAAGGACGGUGGCAAGAGGAAUGAGGUUCCUUUUACAGGUCCAUUCAUAAGUGUCCUGUUGUCAAGGCUGGAGAACCUUCUGGAAAACUCUAUCGCGGUGAACCUGCUGGUGACAGGCAUCCUCGCCCAGCUGGCCUCGUACCCGCAACCUCUUCUGAGAUCCUUCCUGCUCACCAAGGACCCACAAAACCAACCUAACGUUCGAACACUGUACCAGGUGUUGGUGUCAGUGCACGCUCAGAUCGAGCGCUACGUGGCAGCCAGACCAGAUUAUCCUGCCCUGGUCACUCAGGCCUGGAGGUUCCUGUUGGUUAAAGACCAGGAUAGCAAGUUUAGAGAGUGCCUCGAGUCUCAUGAAGGCAAUGUUAUCCCGGAUCCCACUCUUCCGAAUGGUUCUGCGAGGAACGCUCUGGCUUUGCCUCCUCUAGCCGUUUUGCCCCCCUGCCCUCAAAUCCCCCCCCAAGCCAAGAGCAGAGUGUUUGCAAUCAUCAUGUAUGCCGAGUUCCUAAAGGAGCUGGCCGCCAUCGCCCAGGAGCACAGCAUCACGUUGGACUGUUCUGCUGAGGAGUAAUGGGAGCAAACCAGUCCAGCUGGGGAAAUCCAGCAUUAAUUCAUCACUGAGAAACAAACUGAAGCUGAAAUCCAAGAAGCUGCUGAUCGACUAACGGCACAAGAGUUUCUGAAAUCCCUCAAAUUAAAAAGCACUAAAAAUGCACAUACAAGAAUGCAACAGA